CCCUUUUAGACUUGUUUUUCUCUACAACAAAACUACAUACUCCUGUACGUCUAUUGGGGAAGGUACAGAAUUACUAAGGCGUCUACAAUUGCUAGAUAGGGACAUCCCUACGCCAUUACCACCUAGACUGCCUAGGAAACAAAUACACCAGAUGUGGAGUAAAGUUUCUAGAGGUCCAAAUUCUCAUGAGAGACUUAAAACAACUCCAGGAGCAGAAUCAGCUAAGCAGUCCGAGGAUGAGACUGCUAGAUGAAGAGACUUAUUCUACAAGUAUCCUAAAUAUCCAGUCGAACAUUUCUGUGAGAACUUUGUCUCUAAUGAGAACCAAGAAUACUAGGUUAACUGUUUAUAAAACAAGUUUGUCUUUUCCUUUUUUCUUUCUAGAGAGUCUGCGAUCUGUUUGUAGCAUGCUAGAUUUAAUGUCUUACAUCCAUUGUUGCUAUGAACAAGAUUGUUGCAUUAUGUGAUUAACGUAUGCUAGAUAUAUAUUUGUUCUCUCUCAUAACCAAUGUUAGCCGUUUAGGAAAGGAUCCUAGAAUUCUGAUCCUGGUUUGAGAAUAAUAUCCGGUUUCUUUGCUUUUAUUACGUAUAUAACCUCUGUUAGUCAUAACACUCAUACACCGUGUGGUCAAUAUGCUUAUUGUAUAGGAAUAUUAGGUAUCUCAUACCGAUACUACUGUUGAUAAUUGUUAUUAUGUUUGUCUAUGUUUCUCUCUUUCUAACUUUUCUUUUCUCUCUCCUGAGCACUCGUGGGACUCUAAUAGAGGUAAAUUGGAGGAUGAUCCUGGGGAGCAGGAACAGGAUGAUCCGAAAAUAUAAAUACUUCCGAUACGGUGUGGUGUGGGGUUGGAACAACAGUGGAGGGGUGUUAUUCGCUUAACAAAAGAUAAUUCAUUGAAUGGUUCACAUUCAGACAGGAGCCCAGCAUAGAAAGAAUGAGUGCUAAACUAAGUAAAACGAAUGACUAUUGUAAAAAAUUGCGUACACCCCAAAAGUCACUGCAAGAAAAUGGUGAGGUACGACAAUCUGAAAAACAGGCGGCAAACAAUAAAAACAAGACAAAUGUUCAACAGAUAGACCAACAGUUGUCUUGUAAAGUAAAUCCAAUGAAGAAGAAAUUGUGUAGCAAUACAGAAGGUAAACAAGACAAUGGUAUUGUCAAAUCUCCCCCAGUGAUGAAAAAAGCUGUGACAUGUUUUGCUUGUACAGAAUGUGGUAAACAGUUUAAACAAAAAGGUAAUCUCACAUCUCAUGAAAGAAUACACACAGGGGUGAAACCAUUCACAUGUAUAGACUGUGGAAGAAGCUUCGCAGACCAGGGAUAUCUUCAAACGCACAGACGGAUUCACACUGGGGAAAAACCUUUUAACUGUAAAGAAUGUGGGAAAAGGUUUAAACGAUCUGUACAUCUUGUUAAUCACAAAACGAUUCACACAGGAGAGAAGCCCUACAAAUGUACUGAAUGCGGAAAAAUGUUUCGGCUUAAGUGGAAUCUCAUUGCCCAUCAACGGAUUCACACAGGAGAAAAACCAUUUGCAUGUACAGAGUGUGGAAAAAGUUUCAGAUACAAAGGAGAUCUCUUGAUCCAUAACCAAAUUCACACAGGGGAGAAACCAUUUGGAUGUUCUGAAUGUGAUAAAAGCUUUAAACGAAACGGAGAUCUUGUAUCCCACCUACGGACUCACACAGGGGAGAAACCAUUCACAUGUGCAGAAUGUGGGAAACGCUACAAACAGAAGAAAGAUUUGAAAUUCCAUGAAAUUAGCCACAUAGGCACAAAACCUUUUGAGUGCAAAGAGUGUGGGAAAUGUUUUACACAAAAGAGGAAUCUCAAAACUCAUGAAAUGAUCCACAUAACACCUGAAUAGGGAUUUAUGUCAACCUUCAAUAAUGCCAAAAAUAUGUUUAUGCAUUGUAAUACGCUGUUAUUGUUUGUUUAGGUUUUACUUGCCGUAUUUGGAGCAUUUACCAUUACACACACAUAAAUAUUUUAGAUUCUUUUUAAAACAUGUUUCCAAAAUCUAAUUUUGUUUGUGAGCAUAGUAGUCAUUACAUCUUAAAAGGUAGGCCAUUUGUUGAGCUAGCUGAAUAGAGCUGUGACAACGUAUCAAAUGUCUCUUUUUACACUCCAAAUCAUAUAAAUUGGUUUCUGUCUAGGUUAUUUACUGGUAAAUUAACAGCUGAGUUCCUUAAGUAGCCACCUAUGUUUAUCAUUUUCUCUUAUAACAUAGUUCCUACUAAUACUUUUAUUGUUAAAUAUAUUUUGGAUUUUUUAGGAUGUGUUAUACUAUUGAAUACUUUUCUGAACUAAUAAAUGACUCGAUUAAAAGAG